AUGGUCGGUCCUGGUCUUUACACUGACAUCGGCAAGAAAGCCAGAGAUCUUCUGUACAAGGAUUACCAGAGCGACCAUAAGUUCACCGUCACUACCUACUCUCCCACCGGAGUGGCUAUCACAUCCUCAGGAACAAAGAAAGGUGAGCUGUUUCUGGCUGAUGUUAACACCCAGUUGAAGAACAAGAAUGUCACAACUGAUAUCAAAGUUGACACCGACUCGAAUCUUUCCACCACUGUUACGGUUGAUCAACCUGCUCCUGGAUUGAAGGCAAUCUUUAGCUUCAAAGUUCCCGACCAGAGGUCUGGAAAGGUGGAACUCCAGUAUUUGCAUGACUAUGCAGGGAUAAGCACCAGCGUUGGGUUGACAGCAAACCCUAUUGUUAACUUUUCUGGUGUCAUAGGAACUAAUCAACUUGCACUUGGUACUGAUCUGUCAUUUGACACCAAGACAGGGAACUUGACUAAAUGCAAUGCUGGAGUGAGCUUCUCCAAUGCAGACCUAAUCGCUGCACUGACCCUGAAUGAUAAAGGUGACAUCCUCAGUGCAUCCUACUAUCACAAUGUCAAUCCCCUUGCUAACACAGCUGUUGGUGCUGAGGUGACCCAUAGAUUUCCUACCAAUGAGAAUACCAUUACUCUUGGCACCCAGCAUGCCCUGGAUCCAUUGACGACUUUAAAGGCACGAGUGAACAAUUUUGGCAAGGCAAGUGCCCUUAUCCAGCAUGAGUGGCGUCCAAAAUCAUUUGUCACUAUUUCAGGAGAGGUAGACACCAAAGCCAUUGAGAAGACCGCCAAGAUUGGGUUGGCUCUUGCUCUCAAGCCAUGA